AUGGGGACACCGGAAACACGUAAAGCACCGAAUAUCUUGAUAACUGGCACACCUGGAUUUGAUUUUAUCAGCUGUGGCCGUGUGAUCACUGAACAUAAGUUGCAUUGCGGAUAUGAUGGUGAACUGGAAACUUACAUCCUUGAUGAAGACAGAUUAUUGGAUCAUAUUGAAGUAGGCUCAUCUGAUGUUAUUUUAACAUUCAGUAAAAUUCGGAAUUAUGUGAUUUGCUUUAUAUGA